AUGGUCAACUCCUGUUGUGGCUCCGUCUGCUCUGACCAGGGCUGUGGCCAGGAGACUUGUUGCCGCCCCAGCUGCUGCCAGACCACCUGCUGUAGGACCACCUGCUGUCGCCCCAGCUGCUGUGGCUCCAGCUGCUGCCAGCCUUGCUGCCGCCCCACCUGCUGCCAGACCACCUGCUGCAGGACCACUUGCUGCCGCCCCAGCUGCUGUGGUUCCAGCUGCUGCAGGCCCAGCUGCUGCAUCUCUAGCUGCUGCCGGCCCUGCUGUGGGGGUUCCAGCGGCUGUGGCUCCAGCUGCUGCCAGCCUUGCUGCCGCCCCACCUGCUGCCAGACCACCUGCUGCCGGACCACCUGCUGCCGCCCCACCUGCUGUGUGUCCAGCUGCUGCCGCCCCAGCUGUUGCUAG